ACCCCCUCGCCUGCCCCCACCCUCCUUCCCUUCCUCUGGGCGAGAGCGGAGUGCCUUCCCCUUCCCAGAUGGCAGCCGGCAGCGCCAUGCAGCCUCCCGUUCUUCCUCCUCCGCUGCCUCCUCUCCGGCUCUAAGUCAAUGCCAUGCUGCCGCUGCUCCUCCCGGCGCUGCUGGCCGCCUGCCUGCCCCCCGGCCAGGGCUGGAGCCCCUCGGCGGCCGCCAGCGGGCAGGAGGAGCCGGAGCAGGAGCUCUUCUUGCCCGCUGCCAACUCCUCCUCCCGCUCCUUGCCCAGCCUCGAGAUGGACUUCGACGGGGCAGCAAGCAAGGAGGAAGGCAGCACCGCCACCGCCUCCACCGCCACCACCAGCCCGGGCACGUCGGCUGCCCCUAGCCGAGAGCCUUUCCCCUCCGCUCCCACCUCCUCCGGGCAGCAGCAGCAACAGCAGCAGCCGCCGCGUCCCCAGCCGCAUCCCGCCGAGGACCCGCACUGCAAUAUCAGCGUGCAGCGGCAGAUGCUGAGCUCGCUGCUGGUGCGCUGGAGCCGCCCGCUGGGCAUCCAGUGCGACCUCCUGCUCUUCUCCACCAACAGCCACGGGCGGGCCUUCUUCUCCGCCGCCUUCCACCGCGUGGGGCCGCCGCUGCUCAUCGAGCACCUGGGGCUGGCGGCCGGCGGCGCCCAGCAGGACUUGCGCCUCUGCGUGGGCUGCAGCUGGGUGCGGGGCCGGCGGGUCGGACGCCUGCGGGGCACCGCGCCUCAGGCCGCCGCCGCCGCUGCUGCUUCUUCCUCCUCCUCCUCCUCGCUCUCCUACCCUCCGGCGGCGGAGCCCGGCCAGUACUGGCUGCAAGGGGAGCCGCUGAAUUUCUGCUGCCUGGAUUUCAGCCUGGAGGAGCUGAAGGGGGAGCCGGGCUGGCGGCUGAACCGCAAGCCCAUCGAGUCCACCUUGGUGGCCUGUUUCAUGACUCUGGUCAUCAUCGUGUGGAGCGUGGCCGCCCUCAUCUGGCCGGUGCCCAUCAUCGCCGGCUUCCUGCCCAACGGCAUGGAGCAGCGUCGCAGCACCGCCACCACCACCACGGCCUCCGCCGCCGCCAAGUAGCCUCUCUCCCGGUGACUGACCCCCUUUUUUUUCCUCUUCGUCCUGUGGUGUGGUGUGGCGGGACGAACCCUGCCACCAUUUUCUCCUUUCAAGCGUGUUAGGGGCGGCCGCGGGGUCGCCUCAGGGCCCGCCCCGCCCUGACCCUGAGGGGAGCGGCUCGGGUCUGUUCGGCUCGGCUCGGCCCGACCCUGAGGGGCUCGGCUCGGGUCUGUUCGGCUCGGCUCGGGUCUGUUCGGCUCGUCUCAGCCCGGCCCGACUCUGAGGGGAGCGGCUCGGGU